GGAGCCGGGGGAAGCAUCCAGCCCGACUUUCUCACCUUGACGGGAACCGAGCGCUCCCGAUGUGUCCCCUCCCGCCGCCCUCCCUGCCAGCACAGCCUCCCCGGGAGGGCCGUCCUGCGGCCCGGGCUCGCCGCGCCAGCUGCCCCCUGUCCCUCGAGGCGGAGAAACCCGAGUAGGGGGGGUGUCCCUGGUACGGUCCCCCCCCGGUCCCUGCUGCCCGGGGGCCGGGCCGCGGGCAGGGGCGGCUGCGCGGCGGGGCUUGAUGCGGCUGCCAUGGGGCGCGGGGCUCCCCUCGGACCGUGCCUGCUGCGGGCGGCGCUGCUCCUCGCCCUCUGCCCCGCCGCCGGCAGCACCUGGAUGUGGCUGGGCAUCGCCGCCGCCGGCGGGCCCGAGAAGCCGGGCUGCGCCAGCCCUCCGCUGAGCCGCCGGCAGCAGGACCUGUGCGAGCAGAAGCCGGAGCUGAUGCCCGCGAUCCGGGAGGGAGCGCGCCUGGGCCUCCAGGAGUGCCGCAGCCAGUUCCGACACGAGCGCUGGGACUGCCGCUCCCCGCCCGCCGCCCGCCGCGGGACCGCCGGCCCCGCCGCCCUCGGGCAGCAGCUCAGCAGCGGCACGAAGGAGACCGCGUUCAUCUCGGCGGUGACGGCGGCGGGGCUGGUGCACUCGGUGACGCGGUUGUGCAGCGCGGGGAACGUGACCGAGUGCUCCUGCGAUGUCACCCUGCGGCACGGCGGCUCAGCCAGCGAGGGCUGGCACUGGGGAGGCUGCUCUGACGAUAUCCACUAUGGAAUGUCCUUCAGCAGGAAGUUCCUGGACGCACCUUUCAAGAACAUAACAGGCAAGAGCGGGAGUGGCCUGGUGGCGAUGAACCUGCACAACAAUGAGGCUGGGAGGCAGGCUGUAGCAAAGCUGAUGUCUGUGGAUUGCCGUUGUCAUGGUGUUUCUGGGUCCUGUGCUGUGAAAACUUGUUGGAAAACCAUGUCAUCCUUUGAAAAGAUUGGCCGGUUUUUAAAGGAUAAGUAUGAAAACAGCAUACAAAUAUCAGACAGACUGAAAAAAAAGCUACGCAGGAAAGAGAAAAGCCAGAGAAAAAUACCAAUUGGGAAAGAGGACCUGCUGUAUGUGAACAAAUCGCCCAAUUACUGUGUUGAAGACCAAAAACUGGGGAUCCCCGGGACUCAGGGAAGAGAAUGUAACCGCACCUCGCAGGGACCCGAGGGCUGUAACCUGCUGUGCUGUGGGCGUGGGUACAACACCCACGUGGUCAGGCACGUCGAAAGGUGCGAGUGCAAGUUUGUCUGGUGCUGCUACGUGCGCUGCAGGAGGUGCGAGACCAUGACCGACGUACACACCUGCAAAUAAGAUGAAGUACGGGGAACGUGGCCAAACCAUCCAGCCUGUGUGGUGCACACAGCUGCCCAGAGCAGCAAUCACUGCUACCAUGUGGGAUUUCAGAGGGAUCGGCCUCAGGGGGAACAGGUACUGCCGGACAGUGGGUAGCCCAAGCAAGCCUCAACUGAAAUCUGAGUUGAGUGAACUGAAAACUGACAUCUGAGUAAACAUCAGGCUGCAUGCAGGGACAACUUGAACAGCAAAAAGGACUCCUGAUGACACAUUUGAAGGUGUUACUCCAUGAGCAGAGACAAAUGCUAAACUUUUCAAGUAUUUAAUAGACACAGUGUCCUGAAGAUCCAUGUGGUGGGUAGGUACAGUGGAGAAAUUUCAAGAUCUCAUUAGCCAGAGACUGAAGAGUUAAAAGUUUGUAAGACACAUUAGAUAUAGUCCUUAUGUCUGCGCUUUGAAAACUGGGAUAGAUGGAUCCACUAGAUAGUUCAUUUCUGCAGACUUCAGAAAAGCCCACAAAGAUAGGGAAACAGUUCAGCUGUCGACCACGAAGCAUUUGCUUUGCAGCCGUUCAGAAAACUGCCUUCUGCAUAACGUGCAGAAAAGCGUCGGGGAAGUGGGGAACAUGUGUGACUGCAGAGGCUCAGUGUCUGCCUGGGAAAGCAGGGUCAAGCUGUGCCCAGGGGAGAAAGGCAGGAGCACUGCUUGGUGAAUGUGAAUGGGGUACCAAAAAGCAACCUCAGCCUUUUUAACAGGUUGUCCUUCAAACACACAAGGGACAGGUCUGAAGGGACAAAAAUGCAGCUUGAUAGUUGAAGAAAAUAAAACCCUCUGCAGGCAUUUCCUGAGUAUCUGAGCACAAAUUUUGCAAGUCAGCUGGUUGUCACCCUCCUCUUGAAUUCUAUGCAAUAACCUGCCACAUUCAACCAUCUCACUGGUGGUUCACCAUCAUUAUCAACAUUAACCACAUGAGAUUUAGCCCAAGGGAAUCUGCCAUAAAGCAAAGGAGUUUUUUAAAACCUAUUUUCUUUAUAGAAUCAGCAGCUAGAACUUUUUAUUAGGUUGCAUCCUCAGUAAGUUCAAUGCACAGUGUAAUUUAUGGAUUGGCUCACACCACUAAAAUAUUUAAACUGUUAAUGAUAACAUUUUCUCUGUCUCCAUAUGUUGGCUUUAUUUUAUUUUACAUCUGUAAAAGGUUGUUUAUUGUCAUGCAGUGAUUUAAAGCCUGGCUUAAAAAGCAUCAUGUGAAAGGAUUACUGUUGUUUAAUUGUGCAAAGAACUAUUUUUGAUAAGACAAGAAUGUUUAUAUUUUGUAAAUAUUUAAAUUAUGCAAGUUAUGUAAAAGGUUUCUGAAACUAAUGUGAUAAGACUGCAGCCCUUGAGAUUUGUUGGUUAGGUAUUUGUUAAUAUUGUAGUAGCCUUUAUUUGAUUUUUAUUUGCAUGUGCUGGGGGAAAUUAGAGAACUGCAUAAAUGUUAGGGGUUUUGAUCAUCACGGUAGUUAUAACUAUUGCAGUUCAUACGCACUGAUGAGAAACCAUGAUUUUCUAAAUGGUCAGUUAGUUAGUAUUCUGCAUACCUUUUUUUAUUAUUCUCUUAAAUGCAUUUUGCAAACACUGAAAUCCCACCUCCAGCAGUAAGUACUCCCUCUGAAAUCAAGGGAACGUGGAAGGGUUUGCAAUCCCUUAACUUCCUUCAUACUAACAGCCAGUUUUUAGAAACUUGGGAAAGUUUUUGGCUGAGGCUUUCAAAGUUACUUUGAAGAAUUAAUUUCCUAGUUGUCAGUUAUUUUCCCAGGAAAGAUGGUGACCAGAUUCUGAACAGCCACUCUUUAUUGGAUGUGUAGGUCAGGAAGAAGGAAACAAAUUUUCUAUGUUGUGGUAUUUCUCUGCCUUAUGUGGAUUAUCUUAGGAACAUCAGUUCACAGCAACAAUGAAGGCCAUUAUCUGCUGUUUGGACCUUUACUCCACACUUGGUCAGUCCACCUCCACUGGCCUAACCAAAUUAUUAUCUUGAGAGUACAAAAUCUGCUGUCUGUGGGAAGGGUGCUCAGCAUGCCAGUAAGGCACUACUGCAGAAUAUUUCAACAUCUUCUCUGUGAAAACUUGGAUAGAGAGGACAUAUCAAGGUGGAAGACCCUGAAGAGAGAGUUGUGACCCCAGGUUGUUUCAGCAGUGAAAAUAAAGCCACAGGUUCCUCAGGCUGUGCCACAGGACUGACUGGAAGCAUGGCUAGGAGAGGACCAAAUAGCACUAAGUCCAGGCAGAAAAGUAUCAUACUCUCUGCUGAGACCAUACUUGGGAUAAUACAAUUUUGACCACUUAAAUAACCUUGAAAUAUUAUUUGAGCUCAGUAAUUUGUUGUUUGGGUAUUUUUUUUGGUAAUUUUGGGUUUGUUUUUUUUUUUCCUAUUCACUGAUUGCAAGAUGAGCAAGAGAAAGAGAAUUAAGUAGCUGUUUUAGCUGCCUCUGGGGAUUAGAAUCUUCCCAGAGGAUGGAGUGAGUGAUUUCCAUGCAUUUUACAUAGUAGACAAUGUAGUUGGAUUAUUACGGUGCUCUGUGCUGAUCCCUACCUCUCUAUAUAUAUAUUUUAAUACCCUGAAACAAAGUUUUCAUAUCUGCAUACUUCAAAUGAUAAUAAAAAGAUGAUGUUCAUUUUAUUAACUAAUAUAAUACUACUACUAUAAUAUACUUCAAAACUUAACACAAGGUGUAGUUAUCUAUGUGGUGGGUUAGGUCUUUUUGAGGCACCUUUGAGAACGGAAAAAUAAAAGUCAGAAAUCAAGACAUCCACCAAGUUUUUCAAUGGUAUGAUUCAGCUACCAAGACCUGGGAACCUGAGGCUGUAUUGAUAAAAACAAUGCUGAAACAUUCAAGGCUAAAAAGGAUAAUUAAGAGAAGAUUGCUGUAGCAUUUGGUAGGAAAAAAUGUUCGCAAGCUACGUUCCACAGAAGAUAGCACUCUUCCACUGCCAUCCAUCAAGCUCAAAGAGGAGUCAUGAUUCCUCCUCAGUUUGGAGUGCCUUUUUUCACGUUUUUCAUGAGCCUGUAGCUAUAUCAUGCUAUGGACAACACCGUGAGUAAGGAACAGACCUUUCUGAGGCAACAGGUAAUUACAGAUGUAGAGAUUAUAGCAACUGAAGUACAAGAUUAAAGAGACUGGUUUGCUUGUUCUGGAGAGGAGAACAUAGGGCAAGGAACAAUGUAAAAAGUGGCGAGUCAUCCAUUUUUAACUUGCUAAAAAGUAAUCAUUAAUUUUCAGCUAAGAAGAUUUGGACAGCACAUGAGCCAAGUCACCUAGAUGGGCAGUGAAGCACAGGAAGUGAUAUCUGAGGAAUCUGUUUUAACCUGAGUCUAUGAAAGAUGCCUUAGAUCUUUGUGAUGUUGAAAGGGAUAACUACAGAGGCAGCAGGGAGGAACUAAAAGUGGCUUUAAUGCUAUCAGAAAUGCAAAGAAACAUCUCAAGCAGAGCAUGUUCUCUUGCCAUUCUUCACCCUUGUAUUAAGGAUGGGCUAUAGCCUUACAGCCUUAAAGCUGAAGAGGAUUUCAAUAAAAAGUCUCUUGCUUAAUCAUGACCCAAGUCAGUAGUGGAGGCACUGCGGUCCUUCCCAUCCUUACACAGGAAAGUCAGUCAGCACUCAUGGUGGCAGUAUUAUUUCCCCUUCAAAAUUAUCCACCUCACCUCUUAUUUUAUUAAUACACUUAUUCUUGAAAAACACUCAGACUGCAAUAAAACCCAAACAGUUCAGGAGACAUUACAUACAUAUCAAGCAUUUAACAGUCAAUUCAAUGUUUGAGGAAACUAAGUGCCACAGUAAGACACCUGGAAAGCAAAACAUGCUGAGCAAAAUAAAGCUUUUUCCAAACUGGCAAUCAGGAAACUAAGGCUGCAGAAGUGUCUGCUUUUUCCAUAGGGGGAAACAAAACAACAAAAACCACAAAAAACAAAAACAAACAAACAAACCCCCCUUGGAUCAUGAAAGGGAAGGUCCAGAGGGUACAUCAAGGCAGUGAGCCUCUUCAGGUUAUUUCUUAAAACUCCUACUAAUCCAUAUAAAGUACCAUUAAUAAAGCAGUUGAGUGCUGUGCUUUACAUUGAAGUCAUCUUCACAUGCCUUGAAUCCCAGCUGGGUAUUCCUUGCUGAAAAUUAAGUUGAAACCUUCUUGUGUCCUUCCCCCUCUCUUCACAGAGCUCUACUUCUGAGGCAGACAUACCCCAUAACCUUCCUCUUCCCUUCCCUCGCUGCUCUGCUCUCAACAAGUCUGCAAGAUGCUACAAAUGUUCCCAUCAUAGUGUAUAGGAAAAUAUGGAUGCUGGAGCUUUGUCACACACAGGUAUUUGUGCACUUGUACCUUUGUCUUUGCAACUGAUUUCCUAUCCCCAGCUGGAGAGAUGCCAGAAUAGUCAUCUUUGCACUUGGCAACUCAAAUGAAAUGCAGCUAGAUUACCAGAAAGUCUCUCUGUUAAGAUUCAGAGUUCAUGUAAGCAGCACGAUACUGUAACUUGCCCACUCAAAGCAGUGAGGGCAGGACCAGAUCUUACAGCAAGUCAACGGAGCAUGAGGAUGGAGAAAAGCAAGGACACCCCAUUUGUGUGGCCACUCCAGUGUGACUUUUAAAUAUUUGAUAAGAGUCUUAUUAAAUAUGAUACCAUACAGCUGUGAGGACACAGAGAGUAAGAGGAAGAUUUCCAUCAAAAUUUUAAGACUCGAAUUACUUAAGACAUAACAAAAAUAAUUCUACCAUUUUAUUGUUUUAAAAUGCUUUGUUUAAAAGGUUUGUUGCAGGUGCAACUUUAAGGGGGUUAAGAGAAUUAUAUUAACUUGGAUUGCUAGUAAAGGCACACAUUCUCCAUUUAAUUUUGUAGAGGAAAUGUUAACUUUUUAAUUUGAAGAAAGACGUAAUGUUUAUUGGCAUUCAAAGCCAAAAGAAUGAAGGCAAGAGUAGUCCACGAAAACUACUAAUGCAGCCAAAUAGGAUUUCUUCCUCUUAAAACCCUGCUGAGUAACUUCAAAAUUAUUUUGGUAUUAUUCUGGAUAGCAGUGUAGCCAAUACUGGCAUAUACACCAACAGAACUGUAUUUUCUGUGAAAAUUCCAGGAAUUAUAAUAUUAGUUUUUCACUACAGCCUAAAGUAAUGAAAUAGAAUUUCAAAUUCAUUAGAAAAGGGGAUUUUACUUCAAUGAAAAAAUACAUAUGAUUUUAACACCCUCCUACACAGGAAAAUCUGGAAGACUUAACAAUCUUGAGGGAAACCCAUAUUAUUUUAAAAGCUAGUUAAACAUAGAUAACUCAGAAUCCAGUCUUACUCUGGUAUCAGAGAUUAUUUAUUUUUCUUACAAGGUAAUUCUCAACAUUGCUUGGAAUUUUUAGUGCACAGAAUUUGACUCACAAAACAUUAACAACAAUACUAUUUCUAAUGAUUCUGUUAAACUCACUGUGGGUUCCUGGAAAACCCUUUAUAGCUUUCGCCCCACAGUACUGGCUUGAAGUUUUUGAGGAAUAUACCAGAAUUCAUGACACAAAGCUCCAAGAGAUUACAGCCAGUUCUGUGUCAGCCCUAAUUUUGUGAAUAUUGAUACAGCCAGUUAGUAUGGUAUAACUUCGUUCCAGGAAAAUUUCAAGGUGGCCCUACUUAAAAGAAAUACAAGCUUAAAAAGAAAACAAGGUCUUCACACAGCUCUGAUACAAGCUAAAGAAUAAGGCCACUUAAACUUGGUCCUUUUUUUUUCCCCAAUUGAAAAAAAGGAUGAAGGAAACAUUGUCAGUUAAGUUCACCAGUCACACAUUGCACAACCCAAGACACAAUGCUCUCUCUGACACUCCACUGAAGAAGAGAUUGCUUCGGCUCAUGAAAAGUACUGUAGGUGGUGAAGGUGCACAACUGUGUACCCUGAAACAACUCUCACUAGAAGGCAGAGUGCUUUCUAACAGGCUCUUUGUGAUGGGAAAUUUAUUCCUGAUGAUAGAAAUAAAAGAGGAAGCUCGUCCAUUAUGCACAUUCACUGCGUGACCAGCCACUGCAGCUGAACAGCCAUAGGGAGAAUCGGUUAAGCAGUGGUACAAAAGCUGAAUAAAAAAUGGAAAAAUUAGCCACAGUACUGCUGCUUAACAUGCCAGCUCCUUUCUAUAAAGUAAACACUUUCAAUUUAAAUACAAAUUCUUCCAAGCUGCUUUUACAUAUUACAUAUACUAUUUAUAUAUUUACCUUAGCUCAUCCCUUAAAGACAGGAAAAAAAUAUUCUAUUGCUCUUUUCCUGGCAUAUCUGUGCUAUACUAUCACAUAGUCUUCCUUUGCUGAUUAUUCAGUUUUGAUGGGGGAACUACAAAAUAAAUUU